AUGAGGACUUUCGCACUUGCUCUCACUGUUGGGCUCUCCCUCUUCCAAGUGUCUUUCGCAGCUCCUGCUGUCAAGGCCAGGGAUUGCCAAACCAUCCCUUCAUAUGCCGAUGCAGGUGUCCGUGACCAGGUCUACCGCAUCACUCAAUCUCGUGGUGUUACCGCCAAGGUCUUGCUCAGCACCUUCGAGACUGCCUGGAUCGAAUCUCAUGUUAACAAUCUGCCGUGUGGUGACCAGGACUCAAUCGGUGUUUUCCAGCAGCGCCCUAGCCAAGGAUGGGGAACCUACGACCAAAUCAUGAACGUCGACUACAGCACCAACAAGUAUCUCGAUCAAGCUAUUGUCAAUGACAGGAACUUCCCAGGAUAUACCGCCGGCCAACUCGCCCAGUCUGUUCAACGCUCUGAGUUCCCUGAUCGUUACGACCAAGCUGAAUCUACCGCCCGCGCUUUGAUUGCCCAAGCUCAAGCUUCGGUUGGAGGCGGAAACACUGGUGGUGGAGGCCAGUGCUCUGGCGUUCCCGCUUACGGAUCCGCUACAGUCUACACUGGAGGUCAGAGGUGCACUUAUGGGGGACACUUGUGGACUGCCAAGUGGUGGACUCAGUAUGAAACCCCUAGCACCGGUGGUAGUGGUGUCUGGCAGGACAAUGGCGCCUGCUAA